UGAUGCGGGGUAGCUAUUUCCUCUACAGCCCAAAGACCUUACAUAUAGAAGGAACAAUCAUAAGAUUCCUUUAACAUUAUCAUUUUCGGAGUCACCUCACUCUUCUUCCACAAGUUCGGAUCAUAUCUUCUCCCAGCUGUCAUGAAGUCCGUCGUAUUCAAAGGAGUCAAGCAAGUGGCUCUUGAAGAUCGGCCGAAACCCACAAUUCAAGACCCAACCGAUAUCGUUGUAAAGGUUAAGUACACAGCUUUGUGUGGAAGCGAACUUCAUGUCUUUCGCGGCCACCAACCUUCCGGAACCGGCUUCAUCAUGGGCCAUGAAUUCACGGGCGUCGUCGAUGAAGUUGGCUCUGCUAUCUCCAAACUCCAACCCGGGGAUGCGAUCGUAAGCCCUUUCACCGUGAGCUGCGGAGAGUGCUUCUUUUGCAAGCAUGGGUUCUCGUCACGAUGUGACAAAAGUCUUCUCUUUGGCACUGUUCCUCUUGAUGGAGCGCAGGCUGAGUACGUGAGAAUUCCGUAUGCUGAAAGUACUGUCGUAAAGGCUCCUGAGGAGAUUGACGACCUCAAACUAUGCCUCAUGGCAGAUAUCUUCCCAACCGGCUGUUAUGCUGCAUCUAAUGGUCUGAAGGAUUUGAGUAAAGAGCAAGCGGAGGAUAGUAUCGUUGUUCUGAUCGGUUGCGGACCAGUGGGCAUCUGUGCGCUCAUCGCCGCGUUGGAGUAUAAGCCCAAGGCUAUUCUCGCAGUUGACGGUAUCGCGUCUAGACUAUCACUUGCCAAGAGUCUUGGUGCCGAACCAUGGAAUUACCUCACCCAGAAAGAUGAUCUGGAAAAGCGAGUCAAGGAAUUAAGUGACGGUCGUGGCGCUGAUGUGAUCAUUGAGGUUGUUGGACAUAGCUCAGCUCUAGAUAUGGGCUUCAAGCUUCUUCGACCCUGGGGCAUCAUCUCUAGUGUCGGUGUUCACAAUGGGGAGAUUCCGUGGACUGGCAAUCAGGCUUACGGGAAGAACCUGACUAUUAAGAUGGGCAGAUGUCCGGUCAGGAGCAUCUUUGAAAACUCUCUGAAGCUGCUGGCAAAGAAGCAGCAUCUCCUAGAUUUCAUGACCGCGACGGUAAUGCCGUUGAGUAAUGCUCUUGAAGGCUACGAGCUUUUCGACUCGAUGAAAGUCCAAAAGGUCAUAUUUGACGCGGAGAAAUAAGAGAUGUAUCAAGGACCAAGUGUAUCAAAGUCUUGCUCAGCUUGCUAGCUUAUGACAGGUAGUCAACCUUGAAAUACUAGCCUCUGAUUGCG